GUCUCAUUUUCGGCAUGAUUUUGUUUUUAUCCAAUAAAUGACAGAAAGAAAGUCAUUUAACAUUAUUUACUUUUUAUUCAGCAGGUUCUUUUGCAUGGGAUCGGAUUCACAAUGAUGGUUUAUAGAGGGAAAUUUGGGGCCUAUUGCAGUCACUGCAUAAAAAAUGGCACCCGAGAAAAGGCUAACCAUAUGCCAUCAACUGUGUUAGCAACUAUAGACUGCCAUCCAGUAGUUUUAUACAGAGCCAUUGGAUCUCAUCCUACUUCAAGUGUAAAAUUGCCCAACAGUCAAGGAAUUGUUGUGCGCUCAAAGCCUGUGUUAUUUCGAUGUUUAAUUAUUAAUCAUAAUAAUGUUAGAAUAAGGAACUUCUUUUCAUCAGUUCACAAAAUAGCUAGGCCACUUAAGACGGAAUUUUUAGUGCCUAAAGAGCUGAUUUAUAAGAACAGUUAUAGAAAUGCGAGUGGAAUGGGUCGUAUGCUAGGCAGCAUUGGUAGGUUUCUGAAGAUCCGAUACUUGGUCCUAACAGGUGCCAUCGGUGGAGGUGUAGCUGCAAAUCAGACUUAUGAGAGCUGGAAGCAGUACAUUCCGGAUUUAGAAUGGCUGAAGGAGUAUAUCCCUGAUGAAAGGAAGUUGUCCAGGAUUGCCGCUCAGUUUGCUGGUGCCCAGGAUCUAGUCAGUAGGGUCAGGAUACCAGAUGCGGCAACAUUGAAGAAGUUUACAGACUGGCUGGAUGAGAGUAGAAAAGAUAUAUCUUCAGCAUUUUUUGCAGAUGGGAGGGGAGUUUUAAUUGAUGGCACGGGUCUGACAGCUAUGAACGCAGAUGUACAUGUUGACUCCGGUAACAGUCUGCUGCCUAGUGUGGGAAUAAACUUGAAGAGAACGACAGAGUCAAAGCCUGACGGACAAUCCAGGCAGGACAGCCUUAGUGAUGAAAUCAUUAAGAUCCAGACAAAGUACCAGAAAGAGGUGGACAGGUUGGAGAAGGAAAACAAGGACCUGAGGAAACAGCUGAACCUCAUGGAGACGAAGACGGGCAAGAAACGCAAAAUGAAUAAAUCUUUGAUAGACAUGUACUCUGAGAUUUUAGACGUGUUAUCUGGGUUCGACUCUAGCUAUAAUACACAAGAUCAUUUGCCCAGGGUUGUAGUGGUGGGGGACCAGAGUGCCGGGAAGACAAGUGUUCUGGAAAUGGUUGCCCGGGCCAGGAUCUUCCCCAGGGGUUCUGGGGAGAUGAUGACAAGGUCACCAGUCAAGGUCACUCUGAGUGAAGGUCCCUUCCACAUAGCCCAGUUCAAAGACAGCAGUCGAGAAUUUGACCUCACUAAGGAAGAAGAGACAGAAGCGCUGAGACGCGAGGUGGAGCACAGGAUGAAGAAAAGUGUCAGCAAAGGCCAGACUGUCAGCAACGAGUGUAUAUCAAUGUCUGUGAAAGGUCCGGGUAUUCAGAGGAUGGUGUUAGUCGACCUACCAGGCAUUAUCGCGACCGAGACUGCGGUGAUGGCCAAGGAUACGAAGGAGAGCAUUAAACGCCUGGUGAAGAGUUACAUGGAGAACCCCAACGCCAUCAUCCUCUGUAUACAGGAUGGGUCGUUGGAUGCAGAGAGGAGCAAUGUCACAGAUGUGGUCAGCCAGAUUGAUCCUAGCGGAAAGCGAACAAUCUUCGUACUGACCAAGGUGGACAUGGCAGAGUCCAGUCUCUAUAACCCAAACAGGAUAAAGUCAAUCUUGGAAGGAAAGCUGUUUCCCAUGAAAGCUCUUGGAUAUUUUGCCGUAGUAACUGGCAAAGGGAAUUCCAAUGACAGCAUAGAAACCAUCAGGGAUUACGAGAAUGAUUUCUUCAAAAAGUCCAAACUACUCAAGGCAGGGGCGCUAAAGCACACCCAGGUGAGUACCCAGAACCUGAGCAUGGCCGUGUCGGAACUGUUCUGGAAAAUGGUGAAGGAAAACAUUGAACAACAGGCUGAUGCCUUCAAGGCUACCAGAUACAACUUGGAAACAGAGUGGAAAAACAACUUCCCUCGACUACGAGAACUUGAUAGGGAGGAGCUGUUCGAAAAAGCUAAGGGGGAGAUACUGGAUGAAGUUGUUAGUCUGGGGGCUGUCUCUUCUAAAGACUGGGAGAGCCUGUUUUACAAGAAGCUAUGGGAGAAGGCAGCCACGUAUGUUUUUGAAAACAUCUAUGUUCCUGCUGCACAGGCAGGCAGUAUUGGGGAGUUUAACACUAUGGUGGACAUCAAACUUACAGAGUGGGCCAGCCAUGCCUUGCCCAAGAAAAGUGUUGAGGUUGGCUGGGACGCUCUACACCAUGAGUUUUCCCGUCUUGUUGAGAAGGACACUAAGCGUGGCAGCGAGCUAGAUGAUGUGUUCAACAUGUUGAAACUGUCGGUCAUAGAGUCCAGCAAGUCCACUCAUCAUUGGGACCACAAAGCAGAGGAAAGCUUGCGUGUGAUUCAGCGGAACAUUCUCGAGGACCGCUCUGUCCAUGACAAACACCAAUGGGACGGGGCCAUCGUCUUUAUGGAGGAGACGCUUAAAGAACAACUUAAACUAAACCAAGACACCCUGAAUGACUUGACAGGCCCGGGUGCAUGGGAGCAGUGGUAUAACUGGAAGCAUAGGACCCCCGAACAUCGCAACAGGAUCGCAGCUAAAUACGAGCUGGAGAAACUACUUAAACCACAGACAAAUCACCGGCCUUCCCUGUCCCAGGAUGAGGUCACCACAGUGAAACAUACCCUCCAGAACCAGGGCAUUGACGUGGACACAGAGUUUAUUAAGGAGACAUGGUACCAUGUAUUUCGGGAGCGCUUCAUCAAGAAGGCCCUACAGCAGUGUACAGACUGUAGGAAGGGAUUCUACCAUUACCAGAAUGCCAUUCCAAACUCUGGGUUGGACUGCCAUGAGGUGGUGCUGUUUUUCCGUCUACAGAGAAUGCUACAGGUCACCAGUAACGCACUACGCCAACAAGUUGUCAAUAAUGAGGCUCGGAGACUAGAGCGGAUUAUUAAAGACGUAUUAGAGGAGUAUGGUGAAGACACAGAAAGACUGAAGAAGCUGCUCACCGGGCGGCCAGUGGAGCUCGCAGAGGAACUCAAAAAAGUGAGACACAUACAAGAAAAGCUGGAAGAGUUCAUAGAAGCUUUGAACCGAGAGAAGUGAACAUCUACAGCAUGAUCUAGGAGUUAUAUUGACUAUAUUAUUGGAAUAUGAUACCAUGUAAUACCAUGUGAAUUAAGGGUAGCGGGGAGUUUUUCUUCUAUUGAACUGUCAUGACGUGUUAAAUAUUGUAACAAAUGAAGAGUUGAUGUGCUAAAAGAUUGAAUUGUUUUGGUGUAUGUAAGUUUAUAUUGUGAAUUUCUUGAACAUUCAAUAAUACAUGUUAAAGCUGUACUCUCACAGAUUGACCAUUUUGAUAACUUUUCGUAUUUAUUGUCUUAGAAUGAGCCAUUUUUUUGCGUAAAUGUCUGGAAACCAGUGAUACAAAGCUGCUGACAAAAGGUCAGAUUGCAGUUUUUCAUUUCUAUGUUCAAAUUAGGAUAAUUUAUGGCUAAAAGCGUUACUAACAACUUUCUUCUUUCAAAAAAUAACAUUUUCAGUCGUUUGUCAAAGAUUUGAGAUCUGUUCUAUUGUGAGUUAUCUUAUAGGACUGAAUUGAAGGCAUUGAUACAAAAAUCAGCUGAUUCUGAGACAAAAACUAAAAAAAAAAAGUCAAACUGUCAAUCUGUGUGAGUGCAGCUUUAAGUCCUUAAACUAAGCAAGUAUUGUAAGGGUUCAUUGAUAAAUUAGCUAUGACAAGGUAACUUACCUUUUUCUGAAAGUUUUUUUAUGAAUGAUUUACUCUGCACAAGAAUCAGUAUCAUUAUAAAUGAAGACUGAAAACAGCCAAACCCCUUAAAAUAGUGAGAUUGUAUGUAGUAAUGAUUAUUUGACUGAAAUGUUGCUUUGUUUUCACUGCUUUAUGUACAAUGAUUUGUCAUUUUUCAGAGCGAAAGUAUUCACUGCAAGUGAUACAUCUGUUGUAGCUUAUUUGGUGCAUCUCCAGCUUUGUAGAAAAUGUUAAUGCCAUCACAGACCUUUCAUAUCAUAGCAAGUAAAGGGUUUGGAAUUUUAAAUUGAUUUAAAAGAUCAUUGAAGUUAAGAGGAGUUACAUCCGAAAGGGCUUUAAAAUAAAUAAUGCAUUUACAUUAUUAUACAUUUCUACUAAAAAAAUACAGAAGUAAUCUUGUUGAUAUUUUCUUUUACAAUAACAAAAAGUGACUCGAAUUGGUAAGAAUUGAUUCAACAGAAUUCAUGUACGUUCUUAAAAUGCUAGCAACUGCUUGCAUACUGACCCCUCAAUUACAGAGCAUUGCUAUAAAAAAAUUAUUUUAUUGAUAACAAUGUAUGUUUCCUCUUGUCCUAAAAAUAAACUUGCCAUACUGUAUCAGAUACUUUAAAUAUGUACUGCAAGCAUUUAAGUGCUAAUACCAGCUUGUUUCGUUAUGAAUUUUAAUGUUUUACGUUUUUCUUUAUUCUGCUAUUUAAGUGUAUACAUAGGAAAAAUAUGGCUAAAUAUGGGACAAGCCAACAAAACCAAACUGAUUUAUAUCUUAAAGUAAUGAAUUGCAUCACAAUCUACAUUGUUUAAAUGUCUAAAAUUUGAUUGUUAUCAACAAUUCCAGCAAAUGUGAUCGACUAGCGGCCAGUAAGGGCCCUGAUUGCAGUUUUACAUCUUAACAAAUAUGAUGUCAUAUUUUGGCCUUUGAAAACGUGUUAUAUUCUGUUAUGCUAUAUGUGAUAUAAGUCAGUUAGAGCAUAAAAUGUAAGAUGGGGCUCACAUGCUCUGCUCUUCUUAAUCUUUGAGAUUUUACAUAAUAUGUUGUAACCAUUUCAUAUAAAAAAAUUAAUUAGAAGUUAAAGUCACACCAUAUAAUGCUUUGGACUUUUCCAGUGACAUUUUGUAACUGGACAUUGUAAUAUAUAAACAUGAUUCAAUUAUACUAUUAUUUAAUGUGAUUAUAAUUUCGACAUUUCUGUUAAUGAAAUAAAAUAUUGAAAGAUGA